AUCAACGAAACUGAUGAACUACUAGUCGAAUACUUUUACGCAAAAAGGCUACAUAGAAGCAGCUUAGUAAAAAUAAAAUUCCCGGAAUGUUACGAAAUGGCUGGAGCUCUUUUAUCAGAUGCGACCGCAGCAUCCGUGGGAAAUUUGACUCACCUCUAUUUUGAAUUAGGAACUGAAUUAUGCCACAUGCUACCCGAAAACGAAUGGCCAGUGGAGAAGCUGCAAGAGCUCCUUCUUAUCGCGGAAAUGCGUAGAAGGGUUUAUUUAAUGAAACAUAAUGAUCAGGUGGACCAAACCUACUUGGAAGGAAUGACGUUUAUGGAAAGGAAAAUGUUCAAUUCAUUCUCAAAGGGAACCGAUGUAGACAAGCAAAAGGCGACAUCGAACAGAAAUAUUUUUAACUUUUUUGAAUUCGACUUAUGA